GCAGAAACAAAUUAGGUCAAUGAAACUUUCUAUUAACUUCGUACUCGUGUUAAGUUUUGUUUUUUGUCUUCUUUUUUUAACAGCAGUUGUAGUUCCUUGUUUAGGAGUUUAAUGUCUUAACGAAAGAGGACCUACCCAUUUGUUUCAUUUUCUACCGAAGGUGUGUGUAUGUCUGUGUGUGUGUGAAUGGGUGUGCUUGUGGAAAAAAUAAAGGAAGUAACGAUAACACAACUUUCGGAUCAGGACGACGUGGACACGUAAAUUUUGGACUUUACAGAGAAACAGUUAUUUUAAAAAGAAUACCGUCGGAAAUAAAACCGCAUUCAUAAUUUUUUUAAGAGUUUCAGGCGCUCUUUAAUCCUUUUCUUAUUUUUCCUUUUCCUUUUUUUGGAAGCUCGCUCAGGUGAGGGAACUUUUUUUUUUCUUUCCUCAAGUAGCGUGAUUGGAAUCUGUAACAAACAGAGCCGCCUUUCCUCUGUUCCUGUCGGUGGAUUUUCGCCUUUUUAACGAUGAAAUGAGCCCGUUUUGUUCCGAGUGGAUGCUGGACAGAGAGUUAUGCUGAAGCCCGUCUGAGUAUCAGGAUGACCAGUACAGAUGGAGCUGGGACCCCCAAGGCGGACGGCGACACCCGCGUGGUGCAGAUCUACCCCAGGCUGACUCAGGACACUGCUGCCUACAGUCCCCUGCAGGUCAGCGCCGGGGACACGGCCAGGAUGGUCAUCCACACCUCCGUGGUCACUUUGGGCCUGGACCCCGGCCAGAAAUACAGCCUGCUGGAGGUCAGGGAGAGCGGCGGGGCGGAGAGGCCGCUGGAGCCCGGGGACUGCCCUUUGGAGCGGGUCCUGCUGUGGCCGGCGGACAAACAGAGGUGGCACCAGCAGAGCCAGGGCUACCACUUCGUCCUGCAGCAGAGCAGCGGCGGGGGCCAGGAGGCGGAAACCACCAGCGAAGACUUCGAUGACCUCUGCGACCUGCCCGCCGUCACGGAGGAGAGCGUCCUGGAGGUUUUGCGCCAGCGCUUCUACGAGCGUAAAAUCUACACCUACAUCGGGAACAUCCUGCUCGCCGUCAAUCCCAAUAAGUUCCUGCCCGUCUACUACAACCCCAAGUAUGUCAAGAUGUACGAGAACAAGCCGCUGGGCAAGCUGCAGCCUCACAUAUUCGCCAUAGCCGACGUGGCCUUCCGCGCCAUGCUGAGCCGACAGGCCAACCAGUGCAUCGUCAUAUCUGGGGAGAGCGGCUCGGGGAAGACCUCGAGCAGCAGCUAUCUCAUUCACUGCCUGACGGCACUCAGCAAAAAGACGUACUCCAGCGGCCUGGAGCGGACCAUCCUCGGGGCUGGGCCAGUAUUGGAGGCUUUUGGCAACGCCAAGACGGGUGACAAUAACAACUCCAGCCGCUUUGGGAAGUUCAUCCAGCUCAACUACCUGGAAAGUGGUGUCUUCAGAGGGGCUGUUAUUGAGAAGUUUCUCCUGGAAAAGUCCCGCGUGGUAUCAAGGCACAAGACAGAAAGGAACUACCACGUGUUUUACUAUCUGCUGACAGGGGCCUCUAAAGACGAGCAGGAAGAGUUUCACCUAUUAAGGCCACAGGAGUAUCUCUACCUCAAGCAGGAAGACCUCCAUUUAGAUGAUGAAGAGAAACUUGGGCAGGAGUACAAGAGACUCCAUCAAGCUAUGGAGAUGGUUGGCUUUUUGGCCUCCACUAAGAAACACAUAUUUUCCAUCCUGUCCGCCAUCCUGCACUUGGGAAAUGUGACGUACACGUUGUCCGAGGACACUCAGGUCUUGCAGGCCGGACCAGCUGAAGUCUUGUCAACACUGUCAGACCUGUUGAAGGUGAAAAUGGAACCACUCGUGAAGGCUUUGACCCAGAGGAAAGUUGUCUCUGCUAACUCAACCGUAGUUUCACAGUACACACUACAAGAGGCCACCACAGCACGGGACUCCAUGGCCAUGGCUUUGUAUGGUGCUCUUUUUGACUGGAUCAUCUUUCACAUCAAUCACGCCUUGUUCAACAGACGAGAUAUGGAGGAGUCCAUCUCAGAAGACUACGUGUCAGAAGGCAUCACCUGGCAAAACAUCAACUUCCCAGACAACAGUGGCUGCAUCCAGCUUAUGAGCAAUAACUCAGUCGGAAUCUUUCAUUUGCUAAACGAAAAUAGCAACCUUCCAGAGGCCACAGAUAAAACCCUGUUGGACAAGUUAAAUGAACGGCAUCAGAACAACACAUUCUUUACAGCCUCUUCAAGUACAGAGACAGUUUUUGUGAUCCAACACUUUGCUGGUGGAGUUGAAUAUCACCUAAAGGAUUUCAGACAGAAAAACACAGAGCACAUGCGGCCUCAAGUUGUGUCACUCCUGCGUAGCAGCGAGCGGUCCUUCCUGCAUCACUUGGUUUCAUCGAGCCCUGAAGCGCUGUUCAGAUGGGGCGUCCUACGAGCAACAAUCCGCAUCCUCACAGUGUUUAAGAGCAUGGCACGCCAGCGGGCAGAACUGAUUGCUGCAAAGCGAAACUCCCGCAAGUCUCUCAAAGAGUUGAAACGUCAGAGUAGCACGCUUAGCCAACUAUCCAGCACAAUCCAGACUCUGGAUUUCUCCUUUGAUCACUCUGAUGAACUUCCUAUUGAUGUGUUCGGGGACAUCUUUGCCAGUUACGAACAGAGAAAGAAAAAUAGAGGCAGUCGACACAAGCAGCUUAUUCCAAAGAACCUCAUCAAUUUGCGCUCACUCCAACACAUCGUCUGUAUUACGUCGCACGACCGAACCUCCAAAUCCAUCUUCCAUCCUUACCGGAGAACAAGGCUCCCCACCGUUAGCACUCAGUUUCAGGCAUCACUUAGAAAGCUAAUGGAAACCAUCGGAAAAGCAGAGCCUUCCUUCAUUUUCUGCAUUCGCUCCAAUGCCAAAAAGGAAGAGCUGCAUUUUGAUGAUACACUUGUGCUGAGGCAAAUCAGAUACACAAGCAUUCUGGAAAUGAUUCACAUUCAGAAGUCUGGCUACAGAGCCAAAUACACAUUUGCGGAAUUUUUGAAGAACUUCAAGAUUCUGCUGCCAAAAGGAGCCACGGCAUCCCCAGAGCAAAUUACCCAACUAUUUGAGAGGAUGGAAUUGGAUAAGACCACCUACCAAAUAGGAAAAACUAAGGUUUUUCUUAAAGAAAAGGAACGACAGGUGCUUCAGAACACUCUAAACAAAGAAGUUGUACAGCGCAUCAUCACCCUGCAGCGCUGGUUUCGCUCUUGUCUGAUAAGAAUGCAUUUUCUUCAAAAGAGGGAUGCAACAAAGAUCAUCCAGAGGAGCUGGCGUGGGUUUUACGAGAAGCAGAACCGAGCCGCUACAGUGAUCCAGGCAGCAUGGCGCAGUUCUCUGAUAAGUCAACUGGAACACGGGGAGGCAGGCCAAGAAGGGCUCACGGGUCAACCUGAAAAUCCCAGCCAGCAAAAAAAACAGUUCAAGAGGCAGCAAAAUCUGGAGCACAGCUCCGGAACUAAGACAACCCAAGAGCCUGACCCAAGUAGCCGCCAGAGGGAUGGCAGCGGUGACAAACGACAGGACAGAGGAUCCCCGCCACCCCUCAACAGACCACUGUCUCUUCCAUUUGACCAUCACGUUGCCAACGAUCGUUCGACCAGCCCUUCUACCAACACCUCGAUCCAGCGCUACAGAGAUAUUGGGGGCAUGGAGAAGAAGCUGAACCAGUGGAAAGGAAGACAUAGUGAAGGUGAUCCGACAGAUGAAUCAAGUCCUGAAAGGCUGCAUCAAAAACUAAAUAAGGGCGAAAAUUUUCGUCCUCAGCUCUUCGUUUCCUCUAUAAAUAGUUACAAAGGAAAGUCCAUGUCUGCUGAUGAACUGUCCAAGAUCAGCUCCUCGGGUUCUGACAGCCCACCCUACCCCACUAAGGUCAGGGUGCGACUGCGCAAGACGAACAGACGCAAGCGUCGCUUAGCCUAUGCUCGCAGCGGUCUGAUGAUUAACUUUGGGGGCUCCAAGGAGAGCGAGUACUGGAGCUUUCCUCUGCCUCCCAUCAGCCCUGCUGUACCCAUCCUAAAGAGCUCAGCCAGUAGCAUGGAUUUCCGAACCUGCCAACCCCAGGUCAAGAUGCCGGCAGAACCUGAUGGCACUAGGUUCAGCCUCCCCCCCAGAACCAGCAAUGACAACGCAGGACAACAGGGCUCCAACCAGACACAGCCCACAACUCCUGAGAGGAUCUCCUUUUUUAGUAAAUUACUCAAGAAACGGACCCAAAAAUAUUCACAAGGCAGCGAAUCUCCAUCAGAUACAUAUGCGACAUUGCCCAGCUACAGCCCACAUCCUUACCACAAUCCUAAUCAAAACAGUGCAAGAGCCACUCGUAACCCCACCAUUCGUAUCAGCAGAGCCACACGGGCACUCCAGGCAGAUGCGUCUCUGGACCGAGAGAUCACCGACCCCAAGGAACUACGAAACCUGGACGAGUUUCUUGGGAAUCAGGUCAAUGAUCUUAACACAAGAAUAAAAGAGCUGUCGGCAACAGAAAGUGUUUUCCUGAAAGCCACCAUGGAGUUCAGAGAGACCAUCAAAAGCAUGUAUUCUGUCCAGAAGCCCCAAAUUGGCUACAAGGAUCUGAUGAAGGGCUACCGUAACAAAGUAAACACAUUAGCUGGAUCGAAAGAAAAGGCAGAGGUCUCACUGGUGGUAAACCUUUUCCAAUCUGUGCUGGAUGGCUUCAUCAGGGGGGAAAUAAAACGAGCAGACACUGAACCAAACAAGGCCACUAAGAAGAGAAGGAAAAAGGAAAAAUGUCUUGACAGUCCUUUAGAUCACUUGUUCAGCACCUACCAAGUGAACAUUAUGCAAUCAUGUGAUUUGUGUGGCUCUUACAUCUGGGGAAUGGAGAAGGCCUACAUGUGCAGUGCUUGUAAGUUAAUAUGUCACAAGAAAUGCCUGAACAGAAUCAUCACAGAUUGCUCAACACGAUGUGCCAGACAGGAUAACAGUGUGCCAGGCUCCCUCCAUUUUGGGGUGCAAGUGUGUGUCCUGACCAGCAAAGCUAACCCCGUCCCCAAAGUGGUGGAGUUGUUGCUGAUGCACGUGGAGCUUAAUGGCCUCUACACGGAAGGUAUUUACCGCAAGUCUGGUUCAGCUUGUCGGGCAAGGGAACUCCACCAGAUUCUGGAGACGGAUCCUGAGACGGUGUGUUUGGAUAACUACCCCAUCCACACCAUCACAGGCCUUGUUAAGCGCUGGCUCAGAGAGCUGCCAGACCCCCUUAUGACCUUUUCUCUCUACAACGACUUCCUUCAUGCUGUGGAGCUGCCAGAGACGGAUGAUAGAAUAAGGGCUGUAUACCAAAAGGUCGAUGAACUUCCCCCUGCUAAUUACAAUACUUUGGAGCGGCUUAUCUUUCACCUGGUCAGGGUUGCCAGGGAAGAGCAGCACAAUAAGAUGUCACCAAGCUCUCUUGCUAUUGUGUUUGCCCCCUGCAUUCUGCGUUCACCUGAUGCUAAUGACCCCUUCCUUGGUAUGAGAGAUGUCCCCAAGACAACACUCUGUGUGGAGAUCCUGAUUUGUGAGCAGUUCAGGCGCUUCAAUGAGAAGAUGCAGAAUAUCCAGAAGCUGGAGCACGCAGAGGCCCUGGCUAUAAACCAGCUGAGACUGCGGAGACAAAACACGGUCCUCGAAAAGCCUUCAGAGCUCAAUGUUCCACAGCCUGUACAAUCUGAUGAGUCGGAGAUGAUCCUUAUUGAAAGGAUAAAAUCCAUCAAGCAAGAAAAGAUGGAUUUGGCCAUCAGGUUAUCCGAACUCGAACAAGAGCAAUCUGACUGUGAAGUCUUGGACUCUUCAUCUUCAAUGAGCUCAGAAAGUCUAGAUAGAAUGGAGAGCCUUGAAUCGGAAGGAAGGACGAGCAUGCAGAUGAAAACCCAGAAAACUGACCACCGAAAUGACCUGGCACAGAGAGUCAGAAGUUUGAUGACUCAGACAGAUAAUGAACGGAUAGAACUCACUACAGGACAAAACACAGAUGUCAUCCAGUCCAUGAACUUACUGCCUGGCCAAGACGCUCCAUGCCCAACCAAAUGCCCACAAGUGACCACAAAGACCUUGAAUGGGAGCUUCGACAACCUGGAUAUCCCUUAUAUUGAUGAGGAUGAUCAAAGCUGAAACUGAUAUCACAAGGAGUGACAAAUCUUAAUAUCUCCAGUAUGUGUUUAUUCUACACAAAAGAAACUGCACUUUGCUUUAUAGACUUUAUAUUUGUCAUUGCUGCUACAGAUACCUUAUACUUUGAGAUUUUAUAUGUAGUUUUUCAGACAUUAUCCUUACUCUUCCGGCAGGGUUUUCAUAUUAUAAAAGAAAGGUUUUGUCACUAUCAUUACUUCCGUUCUCUGCGCUUUUAAACAUGUCCGAUUUGAACUGUACACAUUUUAUAAAGCAGUUGUGUAACCAGCAAUGAAAAGAAACAAAGAGAACAAGAUUGGUGGCAAAUGACUAUGCAAGUGCUCUGUUUUACAUAGACAAGAUUCACAGAUCAACCCUCUUCCUAACAACAGUUUGUUGUCUGUGGCAAAAAAAGGGAAAUAGAUUGUAACAGUACCAGAUGUUCCCAGAUUUUUUCAUAGUAAUUCUGCGUACAAUAUUGUGAGACAGUAUGUUGGCAAUUUGGAGGAUUGCUGAAAAUGGUUAUUCUUUCCAUUAUUUUGUAUAUUACACAUUACUGUCAACGAUCUUACACUGAGUCUCUAUAAAUAAGCUUGGAUAUCUGUGAACUUUCCACUUUCUAUCUAAAAGUGAUGUUUUUAUCAUGAAAUGGCUUCGUCUUUACCAAGUUGAUAACAUAUUUUCUUUGUUUCUUGUUCUUUGUGCAUGACUGUACAUUUUAAAAAGGGUAGGGAUGUACAUGUUGUGGUUGACAUUCACAUGGUUUGUUACAUCCUCUUACUAAAAAUAAUAAUAAAUGAACAAUUUUGAAGUGUUUUUUAUUCUUAUACAGUGACUUUUCUUAACUUAAGUUAUAACCAGGAUUUCAAAUAAACAGACUUUGGUCUCCAUAUUUCUCAUGUAAAUAUUUUUAUGUGUAUACUU